AUGAGAGAAGACAUCUACCCAUGGAUUAAACUGCGGAUCGGGAAUGGAGGGUCUUGCCGAUUCUGGUCUGAUAAUUGGUCACCGUUUGGCAAUAUCAAAAACUAUCUGCAAGAAAGUGAAAGCUCGAGACUAGGCAUCAACAUGACGGCUACACUAGCAAGCCUUCAUCGCAGGAACCGAUGGCGACUCCCGCCUGCAAGAUCAUACAACUUGGUAAGCCUUCAUGCCCACUUAACCACUAUAUCUCUGACUAAUGAGGCGGAUUACUAUGAAUGGGAAAUGGAUGGACUAGUAUCCAAGAAAUAUGGAACAGGAGAGGUUUAUAGACAACUCAGAGGGGAUAUGGAAGUGGUACCUUGGGUCAAAGCUGUGUCGUGUGUAGGUGGAAUCCCGAAACAUAACUUUUUGGCUUGGCUCUUUACUCUGAACCGAUGUCCAACUCGAGACAGGAUCGCAGGCUGGGGAUUGCAGACAGAUGUGAAUUGCCUUCUCUGCAAUGUCGAAUUGGAAAACAGAGACCAUCUGCUCUUCGAGUGUGGGAUGAGCUGGCGCAUAUCGACCUCGGUGGCGAGGAGAUGUAACAUAACGCCGCUUCGUUCGUUGUCUCAAUCGCUUCAGCAGAUGAAUUCUCUCACAUCUGGGAAGCUCUGGAAAAGACUAACGCUCAUUGCAUGGCAGUCUUCGAUUUAUUGGAUCUGGUCUGAGAGAAAUAGCAGGCUCCACCGUGGAGUCUUCACGCCGGACCACACAAUCGUCUCCUCAAUAGAUCGACAGGUACGGAACCGGAUCGCGAGUUACAGGGACACGAACACGGUGAUCGCCUCCAGUCUCUAA